AUGACUACAGAACUGGAGACACAACGAAUAACGGAGCUCCAUGUAAGGAUGGACUGCAAUGGCUGCGGGAACAAGAUCAGGAAGACCCUGAGUGCCAUUGAUGGUGUUAGCGAAGUAUAUAUAGAUCAAGCUACCCACAAGAUCACAGUGGUGGGGAUGGCCGAUCCUGAGAGCCUCGUCAAGGCCAUCAGGAAGACCAAGAGGAUCCCCACCAUCUUCUCUCACACCGACUCCGGCGCCGCAGCGGCAGUCGAGGCUCAGCCGCCUCCCCCUGCCGACGGCGAAGCCGAAGGGGCGGCCCAGGCGGCUUCAUCACCUCCCGCCGAACCACUAGCAGCCGACGCCGCUCCUCCAGCAGCAGCAGAGGAGGCCGCACCAGCUGAGGCGCCCGCGCCGGAGAACAAGGAGGCAAAGCCGGCAGAAACCCCGGUGGCUAGGGAUGCCACCGUGGUACGCACAGUACAUGACUACCCGUAUGGGUACGGCCAUGGUAGCCACCGCAUGCACAGUGAGCACUGGGUGAGGGCGAAGCACCCCAUGGACAUGCACGGCGUCAGGUACGAAGCAUCACCUUACCAUGCGAAUGCGACGACGCACAGUUACGUAGCCGAGUAUGGCAGCGGCUAUGGUGGCUUUCCAGUUCAGGAAGGAAGGUACUACCUCCCUGCAGAGUACUACCCAGCAAGGGGAAAAGGAGAUGACAGGCAGAUCACUACCAUCUUCAGCGAUGAGAACCCAAACGCAUGCAACAUAGCGUGA